AUGGCCCAAAUCAGCAGUGAGUUUGUCUUCUUCAAGGUUAAGAGCGAUGUCAAACCGGAGGAUCCUACCAGCGGGUUGGGCGAGGGCCUGAUGAAGGUAUUCUGCGCCACUCAACAGCAAAGUGGCCACUAUAGCUCGGCAUGGGGUCGUACAGUGGAGGAUCCGAAUAUGUUAGUAUGGGUGAUCGAAUGGACUGACGCCCGCUGCGCAAUACUCUCGUCCCUCUUGGAACCUUUCCUCGAAGAAGACCAGCCUGUAACUGCAAUCUAUGCAACUCUCAGCCCACCCAUCAGUAGCACCAACACGUUGACUGAAAACCCAGUGACCGAGCUCUGUUUCCUGCUAGUCGCCAGUGAGAUGUCGCCAUACGAAACCCGACAGCUGGACGCUGACUUGGUCAAUUUCCGUACGGCGUUGCUGGAGCAGCUACCACAGGAAGCGGCGCCGCGAUCCUGGUCGAUGGGCCAUGUCGAGCGGCCGAGAACGGUGAAGCAUGAUAAGAGUCCGAACGGCCUGGCGACAGUGCAUUUGCUUGCCGUGGGAUGGGAGACCGUGGAGACCCAUAAUAAUGCCAAAAAGACAAAGGUCUUUGUCGAUGGCAUCACACCGAUCCGAGAGAAGCUGCUCCUUCCCCCUGUACCUGAAUUGGAGAUGAAACAUGUCAGAUUCCAGAAAGUCUAG